AUGAACGACCUAGUGUCUAAUACGGAUGAAGGAAUUAAGAUUAUGGAAUCCAGAUUUAAACGUAAGAAAGUCUUAAUUCUUCUAGAUGACGUGGAUCUUAAUGAUCAGCUCAAAGCUUUGGUUGGGAAACAUGACUGGUUUGAGAUGGGAAGUAGGAUAAUCAUUACAACAAGAAUAAGGUCCGUCCUUGAUGAAGCUGGGGUGAAAUGCAAGUACGAACUCAAGGAAAUUGCUGAGGAUAAGUCCCUAAUCUUGUUUAGUAGACAUGCCUUUAUGAGGGACUCUCCUCCGUGUGAAUUUGAGUCUCUCUCUCAUGCCGUUGUAUCCACUACCGGAGGGCUUCCCUUAGCUCUCGAGGUUAUAGGUUCGUUUCUAUGUGGGCGAAACCCAGCAUUUUGGCAAGAUGCGUUAAUGAAGUUGAAGGAAGUACCACAUACGAAAGUGCAAGAGAAGCUGAGGAUAAGUUAUGACGCAUUAAACUAUGAGGAAAAGCAGAUUUUUUUGGAUAUUGCUUGUUUCUUCAUUGGAUAUAUCUCAGAUUCUGUGUCCUCCAUGUGGGAUGCUUGUUGUCACGCCCCGAACUCGAACAAGCGCGCAAUCAUCCCUUUGUGGUCGUAA